GGUGCAAUUUAUUUUCUUCCUUUACAAAAUUCAUUUUUUUUGGUGAUGUGAAUUGUUUAAAAUCUAAUUUCAAAGUUUAAAAAUAUUAAUUAAAUUUCUUAGUUUACAUUUUGCAUAAAAAAAUGCAUCGAUUGUUCAAAUGAUUAUUUUAACUUUAUUUUAGUUAAAAAAAAUAUACAAAAUUACUUCAUCUCAUUUACUUUUAUCCAAUUAAAAAAUAUUUCAAAUCUGCACACAAUAUAUUUCAUAAAAUUCACAUACACUACACACUACUCAAAAAUAAAAAAAAAGAAGAAUUUUUGCAUUUUUCUAAAAAAAAAAAAAAACUAAAAUUUCAUUAUGAACCCUUCUGAACUAAGAAUGAUGUUGAUGAAUCAUUAUAAUCCAGAACGAAUUUCUCUAGAGGAUGCUACAACAUAUUUCGGUCAACCUUCUCUUGGACUUUCAUUAGUGGACGAAUUAGCCCAUCAUUCAGCAGGAGCGAUGAAUAUGAAUCCUAUGAUGAGUAUUGUUGGGGGGGAGUAUGGUGGUCAUCAGGCAGCGGCAUUAGCAGCAGCAGCAGCAGCGGCAGCAGCUCAAGGAGCAACCGGCACAGCUUUAACUCAAGCUCCAUCACACGCAUUAAUAACAGCAAAUCCAGAACUUUAUGGAAUACCAAAUGUUGGUAGCUUACAACACUUGUUACAACAGCAAGCUAGUGGUCCAUUUACAAAUUAUUCAGCAAUGGCUGAUGAUGAUGAUAUUAUGGAUACAAGUAAUAGCGGUGGUGGAAAUGGCGUUAACAAUAAUGGCAACAGAAUUGUUGAUGAAAAUAUUAAUAAUGGUAAUGGAAAUAACGGCAAUGAAAGAAAUUGUAACAUUACCAAUAAUGACAAUCAAGAAAAUUAUGAACAAAUUGAUGAUAAUGAUUAUGAUUCAACAAUAAUGCAUGAUAAUAGAGAAGUUAUUAAUAUUGAUGAUUUUAUAUUAAUGGAUAAUGAUGAAAAUGAUAAUGAUAACGAAAAUAGUAAUUCAUUUGAUGAUAUUGUUUUAACACAACCUACAAAACCAACAAAUAGAAAAACCAGAAAAAUUGAGCCAGUUAAUCGACCAGGUUUGGUGUUAAAAACACCAAUUGCCUAUAGAGGGAAUAUAGAUCCAUCUGUUAUACCAAUUCAACGAGAUGGAAUGGCUGUUUGUGAAAGAUGUGGUGCCAUUGGUGUAAAGCAUACAUUUUACACAAAAUCAAGACGUUAUUGUAGUAUGGCAUGUGCUAGAGGAGAAUUGUUUAAUUUAGUUUCUAGCGAUUUGCAAAAUUCAAAUAUAAAUAAUUUAUCAAAUAUUGAAAUGACUAGUUCAACAACAAAGCCAGCAACAAUAUUUAACAAUAAUUUUAAUUCACAAAUCGCAAAUAAUUCUACAAGUGGACAUGUUUCUUUAAAUAGUGGUAACGUUGGCGUUGUGGGGGAUAAUACCAAAGAUGGAGAUGUGGAACUUGAAUUACAAGUUUCACAAAUUAAAAAUAAUAAUUAUCGAUUUAAAAUUGCUUGUGAUCCUGAAGAACAAAUAAAUCAGCAACAGCAACAAUUACAGCAACAACAGCAGCAACAGCAGCAACAACAGCAAUCAAGUACAAUUUUACAACAACAAUUUAAUGGAAUUAAUAAUGAAAAUGGACGUAAUUGUGAAAUAAUAUCAUCGAAAGCAAUACUGUAUCGGGAUGUCUUACCACAAGAUGAAGUACCACAAAUACCAAAAUCCGAUCGUCUUCCAUCGCCAUGUCCGCAAGAUGAAAAGAUAUGUAGUAUACGAAGAAAAAGAACCGAUACUUUACACACUUUUGAUUGGAUUGGUGAACUUUCGAAACCAAAUUUUUUUGCUGCUCCAGUUACCUGUUUUCCACAUGCUCCUGGUUUUGAUAUGUGGGAUAAUAUUGGAAUUGAUAUGAAAGUUGAAGUUGAAAAUACGGAUUGCGACAAUAUAUUGAAUAUUCAACCUGGUCAAACACCACAUUCAUUUUGGGUGGCUACAGUUCUCAAUAUUUGUGGCUAUAAAGCCCUCAUGAGAUACGAAGGUUUUGAUGAUGAUUCACAUGAUUUUUGGGUGAAUUUGUGUUCCUCAGAAGUUCAUCCAGUUGGAUGGUGUGCGACUCGUGGAAAACCAUUAAUACCGCCAAAAUCCAUAGAAAAUAAAUACAGUGAUUGGAAGGAAUUUCUUGUUACCAGAUUAUCUGGAGCUAGAACAUUACCAUCGAAUUUCUACAAUAAAAUUGCAGACAGCUUUAAAUCCAGAUUUCGAUGUGGUUUAAAUUUAGAAUGUGUUGAUAAAAAUCGCAUAUCACAAGUUAAAUUAGCUACCGUACAUAAAAUUGUUGGUAAACGUUUAUAUGUUAAAUAUUAUGAUUCACCCGACGAUGGUUUUUGGUGUCAUGAAGAUGCUCCAAUUAUUCAUCCCGUUGGUUGGGCUACUACUGUUGGACACACAUUAGCAGCACCGCAAGAUUAUCUCGAUAGAAUGAUUGCUGGUCAGGAACAAAUGAUCGAAAUGCAUGAAGACGACGCUCCUAUAGAAUUAUUUAAAAUGAAUUUUACGUUUGAAGAGUAUUAUUUAGAUGGAAAAACUAACUGUUUUGUAAAAGGAAUGAAACUAGAAGCAGUGGAUCCACUUAAUUUAUCAUCAAUAUGUGUGGCUACUGUAAUGAGUGUAUUGAAAUUUGGAUAUAUGAUGAUUAGGAUAGAUUCUUAUGAUCCUGAUGAAACUGGUUCAGAUUGGUUUUGUUACCAUGAGAAAUCGCCAAGCAUUUUUCCAGUAGGAUUUUGUGCGGCUAAUAAUAUACAGUUAACUCCACCUCACGGAUAUGACCAGAAAACGUUUACUUGGGAAACUUAUUUAACAGAAACCGGAAGUUUGCCUGCUCAAGAGCAAUUGUUUGAUAGAUCUAUUCCAGAACACGGAUUCGAAAUUGGUAUGAAGUUGGAAUGUGCAGAUUUGAUGGAUCCACGCCUGGUUUGUGUGGCAACAAUUGCACGAAUAGUAGGUCGCUUACUUAAAGUAAGCUUCGAUGGUUGGCCGGAGGAGUAUGAUCAAUGGUUAGACUGCGAAUCGCCAGAUUUUUACCCUGUCGGAUGGUGUGUUUUAGUUGACCACAAACUAGAAGGUCCACCAGUUCGAAAUAAACCCCAAAUUCCUCAAAAAGCAGUUCCAAAAAAUACAAAAAAAAAGAAGAGAAAACCAAACUAUUGCGGAAGAGGUAGGCCUCCUAACAUUAAGAGAGAAGGAAAUGAAAGUCGAAGUGCAUCAAGAAACAGCCAAAAUAGUUCAGCUAGUUCAAAUCGCCUUAGUAUUAAAUUAGAAAUGAAAAAUGAGCCACAUGAAGACGAUAUGGAUGAAUAUGAAUUUGAAGAUGAGGAAGAAGAACUAAUAAGUGGAAAAAGUAGAUCUGAACAGUCAACUCCAUUGUUAUGUUCUGGUACUCCGGAACCGUUACAUGGAUUAGAAAAAUCAAAAUCAAAUGGAAGCUCAAAUUUAAAUAUAAGCAAUGUACAAAAAUCAACCUCACCUGCACCGCCAACAGAAAGGAAGGCAACUAGUUAUAUAUCAAAUACCUCAGUGUCAAGUAGUAAAUACAUUCCUCGUUUAAUUGAUUUACAAAACGAAUCAAAUAAUAGUAAUGCUUCAACGUUAUCGUCAACAAAUGGAAAUAAUAAUGAACUAUUACCCUAUACAUGGAAUAUUCAUGAUGUAUCACAGUUUUUACGUGUAAAUGAUUUGGCAGCUUAUUGUGACGCAUUCAGUCGUAGUAAAGUAGAUGGAAAAAAUUUACUAGAAUUAACGAAAGAUGAAAUUGUAUCAAUGUUAUGCAUGAAAGUUGGUCCCGCCCUUAAAAUCUAUGAUUUGAUACAACAAUUAAAAUGUAGAAUAAACCCAAAUAGAUCAAAAUUAUUAAAGGCAAAUAAUAAUAAAAAAUUUUUAUAGUGCCUUUUCUUCAUUGACUUUUUUGAUUUUCGUAAAAGUUUUUUAAUUUAAAUUUACUCUUCAAAGUUUUAGAAUAUUUUUCUGCUUGGUUUAUUAAUAAAUAAAUUUUAAUAAAUAUUUUUUUCAUAUCACAAAUGUAAUUAAAGCAAGGAAUUUGAGAACCAAUAUAUAAAAACAAAUAUUGUAUAAAUAAUAA